ACACCAAACAAGGAUGCUCGAAUCAGAUUGGGCCGUGUUGUCGUGCUUUAAAGCAUGAGCUGCUGGGUAAACUAGUAUAGUCGCAAUCUAAAAAAGAUCAUUUUUGAAAUUGGAUCAUGAGCUGCUGGGUAAACUAGUAUAGUCGCAAUCUACAAAAGAUCAUUUUUGAAAUUGGAUCACGCACUGGUCCAUCGCCACUACCUUAAUUAACUCAAAGGUGAGCCAUGCCUUCAGUUCCCUCCAGCAUAGACUCUGUGCACCCUGUGUCCUCCGUCUGCCCCCACGCAGCUAUGCUUCACAACAACGCUACCAAGGCCAACGGAGACGCCGCCAUUUUGAAUGGGGGGUCCAAGGUCAAUGGAGAAGCAAUGGAGAACUUGGGGUUGUUCAACAUGAAUGGAUUGGCCCAAGUGAAUGGGGAGGAGGGGGAGAACGACCUGGAGAACACAGUCACAGGCACUGAGGAGAGGCAGUGGAUCCGUCCUGAUCUGCCCAGUAGAUGCACCUGGAAAUUGGGCAUGUCCUCUGCCGAGUCCCCUCACUGCCACUCUGCAAAGACCGAAGCCCCCAGAAUUCUACCCAACAUCCUCAGGAGGAUUGGAGACACACCUUUGGUCCGCAUGAACAAGAUACCCAAAGCCUUCGGCCUCAAGUGUGAACUCUUGGCCAAGUGUGAGUUCUUCAAUGCAGGGGGCAGUGUGAAGGACCGUAUCAGUCUGAGGAUGGUGGAGGAUGCAGAGCGAGCUGGCAUCCUCAAACCUGGAGACACCAUCAUCGAGCCCACCUCCGGCAACACCGGUAUUGGUCUGGCCCUGGCCGCUGCAGUUAAAGGCUAUCGCUGCAUCAUCGUCAUGCCUGAGAAGAUGAGCAUGGAGAAGGUGGAUGUGCUGAGAGCCUUGGGGGCGGAGAUCGUGCGUACCCCCACCGCCGCCCGUUUUGAUUCGCCAGAGUCCCACGUGGGCGUAGCCUGGCGUCUGAAGAACGAGAUUCCUAACUCUCACAUCCUUGACCAGUACCGUAACGCUAGCAACCCCCUGGCCCACUACGACACUACUGCCGAGGAGAUCCUGGAGCAGUGCGAUGGUAAGGUGGACAUGUUGGUGGCAGGAGCUGGCACAGGUGGCACCAUCACUGGCAUCGCCCGCAAGCUGAAGGAGAGAUGCCCCAACAUCAAGAUCGUGGGCGUGGACCCUGAGGGUUCUAUCCUGGCUGAGCCAGAGGAGCUGAACAUGACAGACAAGACCCAAUACGAGGUGGAGGGCAUCGGAUAUGACUUCAUCCCCACCGUGCUGGACAGAUCUGUAAUUGACAAGUGGUAUAAGUCCAAUGAUGAGGAGUCCUUUGCCAUGUCACGCAUGCUGAUCAGGGAGGAGGGGCUUCUUUGCGGAGGUAGUUCAGGCACGGCCAUGGCUGCAGCAGUGAAGAUGAGUACAGAGCUGAAGGAGGGCCAACGCUGUGUCGUCAUCCUGCCUGACUCCAUCCGCAACUACAUGUCUAAGUUCCUCAGUGACAACUGGAUGUGUGAUAAGGGCUUUCUAACCCCAAAUGACCUGAUGGUGUCCAAAUCCUGGUGGUGGAACCUGACUCUGCAGAGUCUGAACCUGUGUGCCCCUAUCACCGUGCUGCCCUCCGUCAACAUCAAGAAGACCAUCAAGAUCCUCAAGGAGAAGGCCUUCGACCAGGCACCCGUCGUUGACGAGUCCGGCAUGAUCCUAGGGAUGCUUACCCUGGGCAACAUGUUGUCUUCUGUGCUGGCUGGGAAGGUCAAGGCGUCUGACCCUGUCUCCAAGGUGCUCUACAAACAAUUCAAACAGGUGCGACUGACCGAUAACCUGGGUAAGCUGUCCCGUAUCCUGGAGACAGAUCACUUUGCCUUGGUGGUGCAUGACCAGAUUCAAUUCAUGGCGGACGGCUCCUCCUGUCUGAGACAGAUGGUGUUUGGGGUGGUGACGUCCAUUGACCUACUCAACUACAUCACCACGCGCGAGAGGCGGGGAAGCGCACGGGAGCGCACGAUGUCGGAGUGCUCCAUGACAUCUGAGUGCUCGCUGACCGACGAGCUGUAACCACUUUCUGUUUCCUGUGCGUUGGAGGAAGUGACCCACCCCCCAAAUAUUGACAAUGAAGAAGAAGAUGUAGACUUUUAGGAGGUUGUGGUUUAAUCUUAAAAUAAUUAUUUUCCAACCUUCUUGGCUACAGCUGUUUUGUUGUUUUUGUGAUUAGAAUCCUAAUUUACUGUAGCCUUUGCUGCGAUUUUAAGUAAUUUAGCUGGUUUCAGAUACAUAGUUUUCCACUAAACUUUAAGGUAUAUAAAUUACAUUUUAAAGUGUGCAACUAUACGUUUCCAUCUGUCUUGCCUCUUCAUUAUUGAAAUUAUUAAAAAGAAUAGUGUUCCUGACUUGAUUUUAUUGCAGAGGAUACUAAAACAUUAGAAUAUGCUCGCUAGACUAACGACUCAGUAAAUUUGAAUCUUUCAGCUAAAUGGUCAUCUACCUACCAUUUUGUAUUGCAUUGAGAUUUCUAUGUAACUGAUAUGUGAAUGUGACUUCCAUUUUAGUGGAGAACAGCAAAACAUUUCUGAAAUUUGCUGUCGCCUUUUAGACUUAAAAGUGCAUCAUAGUUUUUCUUUGAUACCAACAGAGUUACAUUGCCAUCUAGUGAUAACUAAAGACAUAGUAUGUGCCUAAAAUUGUCAUUUGGGUUCAUCAAUCUGAAUUGAAUACCUAUUCAGUAUGGAAAAAAAUAGAGGUGUCACAUUGACAACAUUCAAAGAGAGAGGGUGUCAAUGAAGGGUACCUUCUUUUGUUUGAAGGGUUUGGCCUUGAAGGGUAAACAAGCACACAGCGUAGGUCAGGCCAAGGAUAGGUGAGUUUGGCACAAAACCAAACUGUAACCCAAACAGUAUGACUUGUGUUGGGUCAUUUUUUUUUCUUGUAUUGAAACAAGACAUUGAAUAGUUGGCUGGUUGAAAGUAUUUAAAGUAGCCAUACAGUGCAGGUCUUUUAUAUCGGCCUGUCUGGGGCAGGUUGGGUUGUUUUGACCUUUUUUUUGCUACUUUUCUGUUCUGUUUGACUUCCUGUUUUAAUCAUGACUGUGUUAUGUUAUGUAUGACAAUGGAGCUGUUAUGAUCUAUUCAUUAACUUACAUCCACUAGCAGAGAUGGAGGGGUAAAAUAUGACUUUAGUGUCAUAUUUGCGUGAGGUGGAGCAUGUUAUGAAAGUGAUAUUUGAACAAUAUUCCCUGUCAUUAUUUCCACUCUGGGUUCAGCUGUUCAUUUCAUAUUUCUCUUGAUUUGUCAAUUUCAGGUUAUUUUGUGACAACUAUUAUUACUGGCUUCCAUUAAAGGCCCUUUCUCUUGAGCAAGUUUCAAGUUGUAUUAGUCAUACUGUAUGUACGUGAUCAGUGGUGACCAGUCAUUCAGGCAAAAUGUUUUGAGUUAAUAAAGCUGCAUACAAGCAU